AUGGGAAACGUUCGUUCAAGAGACGCAAGAAAAUCUCGGUUUCGUUAUAUUAAUGGAAGAAGAUAUCACAACGACAAAAAUUCCAAGUAUUUUCUUCCAAAUGACGACGAAGAAGCCUGGGUGCUAAACAUGUCUAUCGACUACCCAAAAUCAACAUUUGUCGGAAUUGACAUUUCGCCAAUAUUUCCAAGCGAAAUCAAACCAAAGAAUUUAACGUUUCUAACUUGUAAUUUAUUAGACGGACUACCAUUCCAUGAUGAAAAUUUCGAUUAUAUCCAUGUAAGAUUUUUAAUGACUGCUUUCACUGAAGAUGAAUGGAAGGAUAAAGUGAUACCGGAAUUGAUGAGGGUUGUAAAGAGAAAUGGUUGGGUUGAAUUGAUGGACGGGGAGGCAUUUGAAUCAACUUUAAUAUCAAAUAAUAUUAAUCCCAAAUUAAAAGAUUUACUAUCAAUACUGCUAGAGAAUCGUUUAAAUAAUUGUAAAUCAAUAAAAAAUUUAUCAUAUCAAGAGAGGAUAGUCCUAAUAGGUGAUCAUAAUAACGAUAACUGUAUUCAAAUAACUACUACAUCAUCAUCAACGUCAACUUCGCCUAAUAAUAGUCUUUCAGAAUUACUAUUACAAGAUAUUGUACAAUUUAUGAAUUCUUUAAAACCUUUAUUAAUUAGAGUUUUAAAUUUAAAUGAUCAAAAUGAAUUUGAUAUAUUAGUAGAACAUAUUAAGAAAAAUGAUAGUUUCGUGCCAGAAGAAAUACUUGCGUUAUAG